AUGGACAUCUCCACACAGAAAGACCAACAACAGCCUGGCCAAAAAUAUUCCAGAAUUGUCAGCAAAAUACAGAAAGGUUUUACUGCUGCGUACCCAACACAAUCCUCCAUUCCUGUUAAAUAUAAGUCUUCACUAAUUCCAGAAUCAGAAAAAAGAGGAUUCAAUAGUCAAGCCAAGAGAUUUUAUCAUAAGACGGAUGACAUCCCAGGUCCUGGGUUCUACAACGUCACUCACCAAUCUCCAGUGUCCAACAGCGUCUCGCUGUCCAAGAAAGGGACGUGCGCUUUCCCCUCCAUGUGUGCCCGACUGGACACCAUCGUUUCUAAGUACCCGGCAGCUAAUGCGUACACUCUCCCGUCACGUUUUGUUUCAAAGAAAGACUUCAGCAACUCCUGUUCCAGCAUGUUCCAGUUGCCAAGCUUUGGGAAAGUUCUCAAAACUGAAACUCCUGCACCAAACCAUUACAAUGCCUCUGUCUCGUGCUGCAAGCAGAGAAAUAACGUCAGUGCCCGAGCCGGCUUCGUGUCCAAAACCCAGCGAGGACACUGCACUACUGCUGAAAGGGCACCUGCCCCAGGGCAUUAUAAUAUCAAUGAAUCCCUUGUGAAACCAUCGCCAAAGGUAUUAAUGUCCUGUUUUAAAUCAAAAACUGGCCGUGGAUUCAAAGUGACAUCAACAGUCCCGGGACCCGGUUACUACAGCCCAAAUGAGCACAUCAAAAUUCCAACAAAGACUGUCAUCCCGAGAAAACCCAACCUGAAGUUCUCCGCCCCGCCUCUGCCCCCGGCGCCGCCUCUCCCAGGCCCCGGUCAGUACGAGAUCGUGGACUACAACGGCCCCCCCAAGCUUUUCGUCUCCAGUGCCUCGUUCGUGUCCAACACCAGACGGUGGACGGCGGUGCCGACCCAGCCCGGCCUGCCUGGCCCAGCCACGUACCAGCCGGAAUUCCCUGGCAAGCAGUCCUUCCUCUACAAUGAGGACAACAAGUGGAUCCCAGUGCUGUAG